GCUGAACACAUAGUUCUGCAUCUGUAUGGAAGGCCAUCCUUCUUUCCCUUCGUUACGAUCACAGUCAUUGUUUCAAGCCUACAACGAUAUUCUCCAGCAAUGGAUUGAUGUCGAGGUGAAAGAUAUUUCUGAAGCUGGAAGAGCCGUAAUUUCCGGCAAAAUAUCUGCAGAAUGCCUUAAGAAACUUUAUAUCCACUGCAGCCCUCAGACUAGAGAGUUUUUGUUGGCGAUAGUUAGCGAUGAUUCCUCACUGGUGUAUUACAAGAUUAGUAAGGGAAUUGUCAAGCCCCGAU